AUGACUGAGCAAACCGAAGCUGAAGUGCAAAAACGGGAAACCUCCACUUCUGAAUCUUCAGCUGGAGGUCCAACCUUUAACUUCGCGGAGGGAGCCGGUACGCCACUGAAGGAACUUCCUUCCCUUAAGAAAAUACGUGCCCGCUCCAUAGCAAUGAGGCAACUGGAAACCAGCAUUGAACCGCUGCAUCGACUUGUUUACGGCCGUCCGGGGCGUAUGGGAGAGCGAUGGGGGGCUCUUGAGGAAUUUUGUGGUUUCCCCGAGUAUAAAAGAGAAGAGGUGGUGGAUCGCCUCGGAAGAAUAGCAAAGAGAAGACUCCGUGACUUUGUUAUGGCCACAGGUAUGCGGAUAAAUGUAUCGCAGAAGUUGCCGAAGUUGGCACAAGAUGUGACUGCUUUUUUGAUGAGCCCGCAGUCGGAGGGGGUUAUCGAUCCGGAAUUGGAGGCUGCGAAACCAAAAAAAGGGAGCAGUAGAAAAAGCACGCAGCGGGGGCGAAAGACUGCCAAGCGACCGGCUUCAACACGCAGCAGGCGAGCCAAUGGUUCAGAAAGAAAAACACCCACAAAGCGUUUGGCUCGUAAUUCAACGUUACGGGCGGCAUCACUCGAAUCACCCAGCGAUGAUACAUUACGUGUUGCUAUAUUCCGCCGAGUGCUCUUUACGCCUCAGACUGAGCGGUCAUAUCUCACCACAAAAGUAUUACGGUUGGAACUUCAGGAGAAGUUUGGCGACCUCGAACAUCGGAAAGCAAUAAUUAAGGAAGCCGCAGCAGAGUGCGUGUCUGCUCUAAUAUCAGCGGAAAGUGCUGCAAUUGCCUUCACGAAUAGCAAUAUGUCAUCAACCACUGACACAACUAUUAAAACUAACGAUUUCACACAACCCGGUACCGUUAGCUCAGAAAAUGGAAGCCCUGCUUAG